AUGGCCACCAGCAUUGGCUCACUGGACUCAUGCAAACCCACCAACAACAAUGCUGGCUGUCCUCCCCAAAACGGCACAGCUUCAGUCCAUGGCUCUCACCCUCCUUCCACCAUUGCCUCCUCUGACGCCACGCUGGGCCGCCACCUGGCCCGCCGCCUCGUGGAGAUUGGUGUUCAAGAUGUGUUCUCUGUGCCCGGUGAUUUUAACCUUACCCUUCUUGACCAUCUCAUUGCUGAGCCAGGGCUCACGAACAUUGGCUGCUGCAACGAGCUCAAUGCUGGGUAUGCUGCUGAUGGCUAUGCCAGGGCUCGUGGGGUUGGGGCUUGUGUUGUCACUUUCACAGUGGGUGGGCUUAGUGUUCUCAAUGCCAUUGCUGGAGCUUACAGUGAGAACCUUCCUGUCAUAUGUAUUGUUGGAGGGCCUAACACAAAUGAUUAUGGCACCAACAGAAUUCUUCACCACACCAUUGGUUUGGCCGAUUUUAGCCAAGAACUCCGUUGCUUCCAGACCGUCACCUGCUUUCAAGCUGUGGUGAAUAACUUGGAAGAUGCACAUGAACAAAUUGAUACAGCCAUUUCUACUGCUCUCAAAGAAAGCAAGCCAGUCUAUAUUAGCAUUAGUUGCAACAUGCCUGGCAUUCCACAUCCAACUUUUAGCAGAGAGCCCAUCAAAUUUGCUAUCUCACCUAGAAUGACUAAUAAGAUGGGGCUAGAAGUUGCUGUGGAGGCGGCGGCAGCCUUCUUAAACAAGGCGGUGAAGCCAGUGAUGGUGGGCGGACCGAAACUCCGAGUGGCAAAGGCCCAUGAAGCCUUUGUUGAGUUUGCAGAUGCCAGUGGCUAUGCAGUUUCUGUGAUGCCAUCAGCCAAAGGGCAUUUCCCAGAAACCCACCCUCACUACAUAGGGACAUACUGGGGAGCUGUGGGCACUGCCUACUGUGGUGAGAUUGUGGAGUCUGCUGAUGCAUACUUGUUUGCUGGUCCAAUCUUCAAUGACUACAGCUCUGUAGGGUACUCUCUCCUUCUCAAAAAGGAGAAGGCAAUCAUUGUGCAGCCCGAUCGUGUGGUCAUCGGCAAUGGCCCUUCUUUUGGCUGUGUUCUAAUGAAGGACUUUUUACAAGCACUUGCAAAAAGGGUCAACAAAAACACAACUGCUUAUGAAAACUACCACAGAAUCUUCGUCCCAGAGGGCCAGCCUGUCAAAUGCCAACCUAAUGAGCCUUUGAGAGUCAACAUUAUGUUCCAGCACAUUCAGAAGCUUCUUUCAGCUGAUACUGCUGUUAUUGCUGAGACUGGAGAUUCUUGGUUUAACUGCCAGAAACUAAAAUUGCCAGAAGGAUGUGGGUAUGAAUUCCAGAUGCAAUAUGGUUCCAUUGGUUGGUCUGUUGGUGCAACUCUUGGGUAUGCACAAUCGGUUCCAAGCAAGCGUGUCAUUGCUUGCAUUGGUGAUGGGAGCUUCCAGGUGACUGCACAAGAUGUGUCAACCAUGAUUCGAUGUGAACAAAAGAGCAUCAUUUUCCUUAUCAACAAUGGUGGAUACACCAUAGAAGUUGAAAUCCAUGAUGGGCCUUACAACGUGAUAAAAAACUGGAACUACACGGGUUUGGUGGAUGCAAUCCACAAUGGUGAAGGAAACUGCUGGACAACCAAGGUUCGUACUGAAGAGGAGCUAACAGAAGCCAUUGCAACAGCAACAGGGGAGAAGAAAGACUGCCUGUGCUUCAUAGAAGUGAUUGUUCACAAGGAUGACACAAGCAAAGAGCUGCUUGAAUGGGGGUCCAGGGUCUCUUCUGCCAAUAGCCGUCUACCAAAUCCUCAAUAA